CGUGGGAGGCUUGUGCUUUUCGAAGCUAUUAUAUAUAAUGUCUGCUGUUAUGCAUACGGAUCGCUUACUCGUUGGAGUAUUUGAUGGCUUCUUCCGGUCUGCUGAUUGGAUGACACCUGUGCGGUGGUUGAUUGGAAGGCAUUCUUGCAGUCGCUCGCUCGAUAGGAUGUGACUGUGCCGCUAUGAGUCUAAUCUUCAGUUGCUAUGAUCACGAGCUGUCUGCUGCUCUUCAUGAAUGCCAAUCUCCGCCAGACUCGAGUCCGAACCUGACCCGGGAGCGUCAGCGAGGCUUCCUUCAUUCCGUACCUGGACGUGGAAGGGUUCAGUAUGCAAAUUAAGCACUCACAACGCCUACUACUUAUCAGGCACGGUAGAGGGAUUGGAUCUGGCGUCUGUGAUGAGUUUUUGCCCAGGGGGACGGCACUGUAUUGGUCGGACAGCAGCGCUGUAUCCCGAAGUCAAUCGUUCUGCAAAUCUUGCAGUGUUGCCAUUUUAUCCGAGAAAGAUAGCAUCUUCUUCCUCCUUGGUUUGUGACCGGACAGAAGUCACAAAACGCAAAUGCUUAUUGAUUUUAACAUCUUCCAGCGCGGAAAGAGAGGAAAGCGUGCACAGGCAGCUUCUACCUUGCAGGAGAACAAUCUAGCGGCAGCAAAUGGAUCGCCCAGAAAGAAUGGCUCCUCCCUCCCUGGAGCAGCACCAGUUGGCCCAGUUGCUGUCCUGCCGGAAACAGGUGAAGGAGCUGUGUCUACUCCCAAAAAGGAGGUGGUUCCCGCCUUGCAGGAGAAUUUAACAGGAAAUGGAUCACCCAGAAAGAACAGUACCUCCUUGGCUCGAGAGGGACCGGUUGGGACAGCUGCGGUGCAGGCAGAAACAAGUCAAGGGGUUGUGCAGACUUCCAGAAAAGGGAGUAGAACCGGUGAUAAGGGAGGAGCAGGAGCAGGGGGAGGAGGAGGAGGAGGAGGAGGAGGAGGCGGCAGCAAGGCCUCCUCUAGGACGGGAGGGAGUGGAAAGGGCGCUGUGCGAGGGACUGUUGUUGACAAUCCGAAGUUGUCUCCAUUGCGGCCAUUGCAGUCUGAAAGCGAGGUCAUUGCUCGCGGUGCAUCAAAUGGCCAAAAAUGGAAGAUCGGGGUCUCAGUGGGAGGAACUGCAACAAUUCCACUCAACUUGGGAGGAUUUGCUGUCCGAUGUAAAUCUUGGUUUGGAAAGGUGUCCACUCCUCGUGCCUCCAAAAAGAAAGGUGAUACAUCCCCAAAGAAAUGUGAGCGAGGAAAAUCAGACUCCUCAAGAAAGGGUUUCGGUAAAGAUGCAGUGGAAACCGCAGCAGUAGAAACUGCAGCGGCGGAAACUGGGGAAACUGGAACAGUGGAAACUGGAGCAAUGGAAACUGCAGCAGUGGAAACCGCAACAGUGGACACUGCAGCAGUGGAAACUAGAGCAGUGGACACUGCAGCAGUGGAAACCGCAACAGUGGAAACCGCAAUAGUGGACACUGCAGCAGUGAAAACUGCAGGAGUGGAGACUGCAGCAAUGGAAACUGCGUUUCCACUGUUGCGGUUUCCACUGCAGCAGUUUCCAUUGCUCCAGUUUCCACUGCUCCGGUUUCCACUGCUGCAGUUUCUAUUGCUGCGGUUUCCACUGUUGCGGUACCUCGAAGACGAAGCUGGAGCAAUGGCGCUGCAGGCCACCAACAGCCAGCAGCAGACCAUCAGCGACCAGCUGCAGACCACUGUCAGCACAGGGUUGGCACGACUGUCGGCAGUUGAGUCGACGGACAGUGCAGCGACAGACUGCAGCCCAGCUUUGGCCGCCCAAGCCAAGCAACUCGAGGAGUGGAUCAACCACGUAGUCGCAUCCCUUGGCGACAUCAACACGUUUGCUGGGACGUCUACGGUCAACAAUCAGCUGCAGACGCUUAGCGACCACGUUCAGCAACGACCGACUGUCGUCGUCAAGGAAUGGAAGAUGCCGAACUUCAAGAUUGAGAAGUUCGAUGAUUACCACAAGACCGAUCCGCUGCAGUGGUGGAUGGCAUUCAACGCGGAGGCAGACGUACAUCACAUCGAGAUCCAGCCAAGAGAGCGGUACAAAACCGCAUUCAAGACACGGUAUGGGCACUUUGAGUGGAUCGUCAUGCCUUUCGGUCUCACCAAUGCUCCGACUACUUUCCAGGUGGCUAUGACGACGAAAUUUCGCGACCUUCUCGACCGCAUCGUACUUAUCUACCUUGAUGAUAUCUUGGUUUAUAGCCGGUCGCUGGACGAGCACCUCGAGCACCUUCGCGCUGUUUUGGAACGGCUCCAUUUCGCUAAGUACAAGGCAAACCGCGACAAGUGCGAGUUUGCCCAGCAAGAGUUGGAGUACUUGGGCCAUUACGUCACGCCGCAAGGCAUUCGUCCGCUUGAGCACAAAGUACAAGCCAUUCAAGAUUGGUCGGACCUCGCGUGUACUACCGACGUCCGCUCCUUUCUUGGGUUAGCAUCAUACUACAUGCACUUCGUCAAGAGCUUCCAGCGGAUCGCUGCACCACUGUUGCGACUUCAGUCCCCCUUGGUGCCCUUCGAGUUCAACGACGAAGCCCGACACGCGUUCCAUACGCUUAAGACGACAUUGCUUCAAGCUCCCGUCUUGAGCAUCGACGACCUGACCUUGCCUACCAAAGUGACUACGGAUGCUUUCGGCUACCACAUUGGUGCGGUCUUGGAACAGCAAGACGGCACCGACUGGCAUCCGGUUGAGUACUUCAGCCAAAAGCGUUGGCGUCACUUUCUCCUUGGGCGUCGACGAUUCACGUUGGCAACGAACAACAAUCCGUUAUCUUAUUACAAGACACAAGACACGGUGAGCACCACGAUCGGUCGCUGGAUGUACUUCAUUGACCAAUUUGACUUCACCUCCAAGCAUAUUCCGGGCCCCUCGAACAAGGCGGCGGAUGCUCUCUCGCGAAGACCUGAUCUUUGCGCCUUGGUGCACUCCACAUUCGGUCUCGAAGAGGACCUGCAACAGCAAUUCGUAAACGGCUACAAGUCGGAUCCGGGAUUCUCCACACUCUACGCGGACUUAUCAUCGGAUCACCCGCCGGCAAGCAAUUACCGCAUUGCCGACGGUUACUUGCUUCUCCAUACGCGAGGCAAGGAUUUGCUGUGUGUUUCCCAAGACCGCAUCUUGUGCACUCGCCUCCUUGGCGAAUACCACGAUUCGCGGCUGGCGGGACACCUUGGCGUCGCACGCACUCUUGCAAGACUCCGCCAGCGAUUCCACUGGUCGGACAUCAUCAGCGACGUCAACCGGUACAUUCAGUCAUGCGCAGUUUGCCACCGGAACAAAGGGCGCCCUCAACUCCCGUACGGCGAACUGAAACCAUUGCCAAUUCCUCGGGAACCAGGUCUCUCCCUUGCUAUGGAUGUGACCGGUCCUUUCCCUCGCGAUCGCCUUGGCCAUGAUGGUAUUCUCACGGUCGUUGACCGUUUGAGCAAGUACGCUCGAUUUCUUCCAUGCAAGUAUCAUGCGACGGCUCCCGAGCUCACACGACUUUUGCAUACCGGCUGGUUUUGCAGCCACGGCGUUUCGGAAAACAUCGUCAGCGAUCGCGACACUCGUUUCAUGUCAGCCUUUUGGACGACACUCAUGGUGGAAUCCGGCACCAGCAUGAUACCGAGUUCAGCAGGGCAUACCGGCUGGUUUUGCAGCCACGGCGUUCCGGAAGACAUCGUCAGCGAUCGCGACACUCGUUUCAUGUCAGCCUUUUGGAUGGCACUCAUGUUGGAAUCCGACACCAACAUGAUACCAAGUUCAGCACCGCAUCCUCGAACGGAUGGGCAAACGGAACGUGCACGCCAGACUGCACAGAUGAUGCUCCGCACACUCAUCUGCCCGGAUCAGAAGGACUGGGUUGACCGCCUUCCCGACAUCGAGUUUGCCUACAACACUUCAGUGCACUCGGCGAUUGGCGUGACUCCAUUCGAGUUGCAUCACGGUGGACGAAAAGGCCGUAUCUUCGCAGAGAUUUUGCUUCCACGGACUGUCGACAUCAAUGUCGCUUGCUCCCCCGCUUCUACACGGAAGUACAGGGAACUGCUGGCCAAAGCCCGCACAAACAUGCAAAAGGCUCAGGUCCGUAUGCAGCAGCAAGCAAAUUGGCGUGGCAUCCCAUGUCCAAUCCACGCCGGCGACCUUGUUUGGGUCACCUCCGAGGAAUUCGCGCUCGAGCAGCACGUCUCGCGCAAGUUCCUCCCUAAGCGGUGUGGUCCAUGGAAGGUCACUUCAGCAGCUGGCGACGACCCCGCGGGCAUCGGGUCGUCUAAGUCAUUUGGUUCAGAUGUGCACCGCAAGAUGCAUGGCUUGCAUGAUGAUGCAAGCCAAGUCUGUGAGUCCCCGGAAACCGCUCCGGGCUCGCAGCGACAUAGCAAAGCGCCCAAGAAGCGGUCUAAGGUGAAGAAUCGCAGUCGGGAGAUAAACGAUGAUCGAAUGGUGUCGUCUUCGUCAAAGAUGACCCAGGAACCAACACAUCCUGACCGGGUUUGCCGGCCACCCGGCACCAGACCUGAACAGGCUGUAUCGCCUCUCUCCCAGUAUGUGUCGCCUGUGGCUGUCCUGAAUGAUGAGUAUCCAGCGGUUGAUGCUGGUGUCGAUGCUGAUGACAGCGAGUUAUGGGCGAGGAUUGCAGACUUGGUUGGUAGCUGGGUAUUGCCCUCUCAAUCGCUGAAUGAGUGCUCUGUACAUGCAUCAUCUGCAUCUUCUUGUAAUGGCGUCAGUUUCCCAGCUUGCAGGGGCCCACAUGAUGCUGUGGACUGGGCCAGCGUGGUGCACCGCAAUGUGGACCUGUCAUCCCAAGGCAGCAAGGGAAAGCAACCGGGACAACUUGUUCCCUCCACUCCUCAGCCUAGGCUUGUCGUUGGUUCCGCCGGCGUGAGUGCAGCCAUAGUUUCCAGCACUGAUGCAGCAGAUAUGGUGGGGUUUGUGCCCCCCUCAGUUGCUGUGUCAGGUCUUUCGCCCUUGUCCUUCAGUUCUGAACAGGCCAUGAACAGCAGUGUAAGGACAGAUCGGGGACUGGACAGCGAGAACUGGAAUAAGGUCAGGACUGUUGGGGAAUGGAAACCGGGACUCAUUGUCGGGGCAUGCAGUAAACGGGGAGGUUCAGCUUGUCUAGCACCUGCAGGUGAUGUUGUUGUUACAGAUGAGGCCCAUGUGGGACUACCUGCUGAUGAAGAUGGAGGCAGCAUUGAUAAGCCUGUUGAUGAUGAGAUUCGACCACAUGAUAAAUUUAACAGUCAAUCUACUAUUGAGGUCAGCUCUGGCGAAGUGGCCUCCUUGAGGCCAUUGUCAGAUGAUGGUGAGGAUUUAUCAGAUGGUUGUGUCUCGCCUCUCUGUCAUCCAGGAAAGAUUGGGCAAUUCUCGCUCGACGUUCCAGGUCUGAAACCCCUGAGAGAAUUGGGGGAGGAGGAAGGGAGCGUUUUCCAGAGCACCUGCAGGAGCCAUGACAAGAAGCCGAAGGAGAGUUUGUCGUCAAUUCUCAACAAGGCGUUGACCUUCAGAGAAUGGGAUGGAAAGAGUUCCCCUUGUAUGGUCCAGGAUAAGGUGAGAAGAUCUUAUAGCUUGUCGAAGACCAUCGGCAAGCAACAUCACCAGUAUGCGGAUGAAUACAACAUAGAUGCGGCAGUCGAUCUCCACAGCGAGUAUUAUGAUGACGAUGAGGGUGAUGGGGAAGUUGAUGAUGCUGUGUUCGAUCCCGACAGUAUUCCGCCGUCAGCAUUGGACGUGAACACGUGUCGUGAUUUGUACAAUCAAGACGAUUUCGAAAUGAAGGGUAUUGUUAGCCUGCAGGGCUCCUCGAUGAGUGACUGGGAGGAGAUGAUUGCUGCAGAUGACUAUAACGGAGAGGUUAUUGAUGAUUGUGCAACGAGUGGAGUUCAGCAUAUGUGCAGCAAGCCUGCAAGGGCUAUAUCCUCUGAGUUAGGAGAGAGGAGUGACGAGCAAAGUGGAACAACAGGCUCUAUUGUAAGCGACCAGCGUCGAUGCCAGUUGCCAUCCGAUGAUGUCCUUCUUGAAAGGUGUGCAAAUGAUAAUGCGACAAUAGACGCUAGUGAACCCUUUGUACUUGGUACAAGAGUACGUAGGGUCUCAGAUGGAGUAGAGGAACUGGCAAUGGCUGUCCUUGCAAUGGCAGCAGAAGACGGGUGGUCAAUCGCGGAUGGCCUCCAGACGUCUACGCCCGGACAUGGGGCUGCUGCACUUUCCGAUGACAUGUCUGAGACGGAUGACACUGAUGGGGCCUACCCUGAACGAAUGUGUGCAGACGCAUUUUCUGCCUGUGGUGGGGACGAAGAUGAAGAAAUGCACGAUGGGGGCUUAGAUGUUGCAAGUACUUUUCAAACAGGGAAUGUUAUCGGAACAGAACGAAUGGACACCGAGUCGGCAGGAGAAGUGGAGCAAGGGGAGUGGAACGGAAGCGACUCGUCUUAUGAGCUUCCAGAGGUGGUUGUCAAAGCGCGAAAGAGGGCACCGCAGGAUUGGGUGGUGGUUGGGAUGGGUAACGACCUGGGGGGGCACGCAAGUAAGACAAAGAGGGAUCUGUCCAUUUAUGCCGAAAGGACCGGGGAGAGUCCUUUUAUCCGUCCGCUCUCCCGAGAAGCGAUACAGAAUAUUCUGGGAGAUGCAUGCACAAAGUUGGUAUUCUACUCUACUUCAAUGCGGGCUGUACGAAAGACGUUUGACGGUUGUCAGGAGGUUCGACAGAUACUGAAAUGCCACGCCGUGGAAGUCGACGAGAGAGAUGUCAGCAUCGACUCUGGCUACCGGGAAGAACUGAGGAAGCUGUUGGGGGUGCGAACCAUUCAGCUCCCACAGGUCUUCAUCAAGGGUCGUUACAUUGGUGGCCUUGAAGAGGUCCAUCAGAUGAAUGAAACAGAGGAAUUGACUGCUCUGCUGGAGGGUAUGCCAAGACGAUCCCCUUAUGACCUCUGUGAAGGCUGCGCUGAUCUUCGCUUCCUUGUGUGCACCGCUUGCCAUGGAAGCCGGAAGGUUAUCCUUCCUGACUUGUCGACAGAGCGGUGCUCUAACUGCAAUGAGUAUGGACUUGAAAGGUGCCCUAUCUGUAACCACAGUUAGGGCCUCGCUCCACUACACAGCACGCUACAUGUACCUGGACAACAUCGGGACCAAAUACAUGCGGACUGGUCCAAUAUUUUGCAUAUAUCAAGAUUCAAGACCAUUACAGGCUCCAGAUGCAUUUGGAAUGUUGUGCACUGGAACGACCCUUAGGCACAGGGCUUACGUCUUCUGUCACACCACAGUCUAGUCUGCAAAUAUGCUAGCUAUCCGCCACAGACAGACACACACACACACACACACACACACACACACACACACACACACACACACACACACACACACACAGAGAGAGAGAGAGAGAGAGAGNACACACACACACACACACACACACACACACACACACAGAGAGAGAGAGAGAGAGAGAGAGAGAGAGAGAGAGAGAGAGAGAGAGAGAGAGAGAGGUUGUAUUAUGUUGACACACACAUUUCAAGGGAGAUUGAGUGCCUGUAUAGCUAGAUGACGGCUUUGGUGGGCACUAGCAAUUACUAGAAAAAGGAAAGGAAAGCGGCGCAAGGUCAGUCUGACGACUCUGACCCCAAUAUCUCCCAAUGGAAGAGCUUGUAAGCUGGUGUCCUGAGAUAGAUACCCAACAUCAGACUGCGGGUCAGCGCAUACGUGCCUAGGUAUCCUGAAGUGAUACCCUUACAGACCCAGCAUAGCCCCCGCAUAGAAGCAAUAUACGACCCUCUAGCAGCUUGAUAGCAUGAGUAUAGCACCCUCAGAAUAGCACCCCAAGUAUAGCACCCCCAGAAGAUCACCCCAGGUAUAGCACGCCCAGAAUAGCACCAUCAUAGCACCCCAGAAUAGCUACCAGUAUAGCACGAGGAUUCAUACAAGGCUCCACCAUCAAGCUGUUGUGUAACCUGUGGCAUACUGAUGAUACGCAUCGGGAACACAAGCUUGUACAGCACUGGGUGAUGGUGCAGUCAGCCUUCUCCAAGCUGGGCAUCAAGCAAGCAAGCUGCGGAAUUGAAAAGCAAAUGGUUUGGAUCAUCAAGCCCAUAAGGUGACGACGGAAGGAACGGUCAAUGACGCUUGCUGGGGGAGUGGGUUCUGUUUCUCUCUGUUUGUUCUUGUCCUUUGGUGUCUAUGUCAGCCUCCUGAUGAGUCGGUGAAACUCCGACGAAACAGUUUGUCACAGCCCCUCGUUUGUUGUCCUCUUCUCUCUCUCUGCCUACGGUUUACCGGGCAGUUCUGUUUGUGACGAUAUAUACAGUGAUAUAUAUGAUAGAGAAUAUCAUAUAUGCAUCGAUCAUUAGAUAAAUAGUAGAUACUACAUAGACAGAUAGAUAGAUAGAUAGAUAGAUAGAUGGAUAGACUGAUUGUUAUACCCAUGUGUUAGGGAUCUGCAAACUUGUCUGCCUGUAUUUGACUGCCUUCACACUCAUUAUACAGAACUACACUACAUGUGGGCAUUUGUGGGGGUCGUUAAAUCUUUCUUCCCGUGUCCGACCGCCCAUUACUCAUUAUAAAGAGGGACACCACUACAUGUGGGGUCAUUAUAUCUUUCUGCCUGUUCGACUGCCCAUUACUCAUUGUAGACAGGUACACUACUACAUGUGGGGGUCGUCAAAUCUUUAUUAUCGGAUGAUUGGGGAUACCGUUAUCUAGUCAUGCACGUCCAGAUACACGGAUUUACGCUAUAUGGCAUUUGCGCUGAGUGUUGCGCCCAUGGCAGUUGCUGCGGGGGGUGCAGCUGCGGCAAAACAUCGACAUGGAGAACAGGAGUUGUGUUGUUGACUUAGGCACAGAACAGUGCAAUCGCAGCGCUUUGCACAUCCGGCUACACGUUUGAGAAAUUUAGAGUCUGAAUUCUGUGCAAGUUUUGUGUUUCAGUUGGCUCCGGAUGUUCCAGCUACAGCAUUUGCUCUGAGUGUUGCGGCCAUGGCAGUUGCUGCGGGGGCUUCAGCUGCGGCAAAAUAUCGAUAUGGAAAAGAGGAGUUGUGUUGUUGACCUAGGCACAGAACAGGGUAAUUGCAGCGCUAUGCAGCAGUCGAUGAUCUUUGAUCGCUGGGCAAUGCACCUGGGCAGCCAGCACUUUUCCAUCCUGACUGGGAAUGCCAGGCUUCCAAGGGCGCCAGAGUACAAGUCAGAAGGGGAGAUGCCAGUUGCAAAAGUAAGGGGCUUAGAAAGAAAAAGAGGUAACAGACAUCAGACAUACUUGUGCUUAGAGAUGGCACAGGUAAUAGAGAAUACUUGCGCUUUUGUUUUCUUGUAAUUGUUGCUGAAUAUCACUGAAUAACAUGAAAACUAUGAGGCCAUCUGGCUGCACGUCUGCGAAGCAGACGGACUUGAGAGGGGCCUCGUAGGUUUGGCUGACGUGGCGUAGAAACACAUUUGAUGAUGACAACAAUUAAUGAGCCCCGUGACAUGUCUUCAUUGUCUUGUUGUAAUCAUUGUUGUUUUUUGAUGGGUGUAAUCAGUCAGCACUUGAUGCUGCACCCCUGCAGAAAGUGGGUGAGUUUAGGGAGGGGGGCGGGGGAGGGGGCAGGAGAUUGACUGAUGAUGCCUACGGAGGCACAUCUGCUGACGGUAACGCCAAAUAUUCGAUAAAGUCUAAAACAAUAAAAAAAAUGAUUUUUAUUCAUUUUUAACCAUUUAAACUACAUUUUAUGAUUUCCAUCCGUUCCGCCGGAAGUUUGGAACAGGCCGAACUCUACCUUCCCCCUUCCCGUUCCCAUCCCUAUCCCCCGCAAAAACGAACAAGGGAGAAGGAGAAGGAUGCUCAGGAUGGGCUGAACACCAGAGAAGCAACUCACUUGGGAAAACUCUUUUUGAGGAAUGUCUUGCAGGCACACGCUGAUGUCAACGGGUUUUGGAAAUUUUGGAUCUAGCAUAUUAUGAUGCUUAUGCAUGAGCCUGGCAACGUGCAAGACGACAAUGAGUUGGUGCGAGUUGAGCGACUUCCGGGGGCUUCAAAAGGCAACCAUCUGGUGAAAGGUGAUCUCCUUGCCUCUAGUGUAA